AUGGCGGUAGCUAUGGAGGCCUCAAUCCUGGAUUGUGAGAUGUCCAUGAAAACAGUUCGCCUCGAGAAGGAAUACGAAAGGGCUCUUGCAGACUCAGCGCAUCUUCUUGAUGUGGAGAAAGAUCGCGUCAGGCGGAUGGACCAAUUGCUUCUUCAAUUCGAGAGUGAAAACCUGCGAUCGCAAUUAGAUCAAGCCAAUGCGCAGUUACGUGGACUCAUACGCGCCAAGUCGGACACACUCCUCCAAUUAGACGAGGCUUGCCAGGAAAUUGAUCGCCUAGAUCGCCAUGUACAGGCAUCAUCAAGCGAAAUUGGGAAGUUGAAGGACGAACUUUCAGCCAUGAACAGUACUUCGACAAGCUACAAUACCCUCCUUUCCGAAAAGUUACAUCUAAGCCGAGAAAUUUUCAACUUGAAAUCAGAGCUAGACCGAUUAAGAUCCCAAAACUCUUCUCACCAGGCAUCCGUAGCUGGGAAACAAGAAAUGGAGCGGCUGUUGAAUUCCUUGGAGGUUCAGCUUGAAAGUGAAAAACAUUCCCACGAGCGCACUCGAGCCAAGAAUUUGCAGCAGGAGACGGAGAUAAGUACGCUUGUAGCGAAGGUCGAGGAACUACAAGGCGAACUCACGAAAGAGCUGCGAGCGAAGCAACAAUAUGAACGAGACAACCGUCAGCAAGCCUUGGGAUGGGAAAACCAGCGCGGUGUACUCGAGGGCAAGAUUGAGACACUGAGAAAGCAGCUUCGGUCAAACAAGGACAAAGCGCAGGAGGCUCAGCACGAUUUGCAGCAGAAACGCACCACUGUCCGGAACCACGAUACUGAGGGCACUGACCCGCGAUCUCGAAUGAUCCCUCUACAGCGUCCUGGUCCCAGUGCCGAUUACCAGAAUGGCGUCACUAUCGCAACGCCUGGAGCUGUUCGCGUGCAAGAAAAAGUAAAACGACAGUCGGCAUUGCCUGGCGACAAAUCAGCAUUCUCGAUUACUCCGUUCCUAAACCGAACUGGUGCUCAUCAAGCUUCUCCGUCCAGCUCAGACCUAGACAACGAAGAGGUUGGCCAGGCAAUGGCAGACAUCCAUUCACCCCUCAGAGCCCGCAUCACCCAUGACCCAAGUGGCCUGGACUCAUCCCCCACGGAUCAGCCAGAUUUGAUACGACGCAUUGACAACGAAGAAAAAGCAAGUUUCAAAAUCCGACAAGGAAAGGCUCCCAAUGAGCCCAAAAGAUCUAUCAAACGGCCUGAUGAAAAGUUGCCACUGAGGGAAGUGGAUGCAUACCCAGAUCUCUCAACGGACCACGGACAGACAAAGAUAAAAAAACGGAAGCUUGGGGCUCAGCGGGACCGAAAUUUAUUCGAGGACGAUGAAGAGGAUCUUCUUGAACGCAGAAAGCCAGGGCGCAAGGUUGGACUGGGAGCAGGUCGGAUCUCGGUGCUUGCGAAUGCACAGGUUUCUGGUGCACCAGUCGGUGAUAGACCACCGAGAGCUUUGGGAUUCGGAGGAUUUUCACCUCUGAAGCGAGACCGUAAGCGAUGA